CCCGGGGGCGUAUAUAGAAGGAGCUAGAUCCUGCACACCCUCUUGUCUCACUCUCCGCUUGACUGAUCUGCACAUUACUACUUGCCUUGGCUUCUGGGCUGCCCCGGAUCCGCUCCUGUGCCCCGCAUUGCAACUCCUGCUCAGCAUCUACUAUAUAUAAAGUGUGUCAGCCCCGUCGCGUGUUGCGCGCCCAGUGACGUUCUCUCCCCUUCUUCCCGUUCUCUUUGGAAAAACCAGCGACAAAGAAAAGCGAUCGCAUAUAUACCACAAUGGCGAUUUUCGACCUGAAAAAGAACCUCGUCUUCUACGGCGCAUACCACCGCGACCCCACAAACGUCGCUAUCCACAUGGUCUGCGUCCCUAUCCUCCUCGGCACAGGCUUCCUCUUCGGCACCAAUACCCCCACCCUCCCCAUCCGCACACACCCCCUCCUCACCCGCCUGCACCUCCCCCCAAACCUCGGCACCCUAGCCGCAGCAACCUACUCAACCCUAUACCUCCUCCUCUCCCCCAACCUCGCGGGCGCCACCAUCACGCCCAUCGUCCUCUCCCUCGCCUCCGCCUCAAACUACCUGACGUCGCGCUUCUCCAAGACAAAAGUCAACAGCAUCGCCGUUGCCGUGCACGUUGUAAGCUGGAUUCUACAGUUUGUCGGCCAUGGGAAAUAUGAGGGUAGGAAACCGGCGCUGCUGGAUAAUUUGGUUCAGGCGCUUUUCCUAGCGCCGCUAUUUGUGUGGUAUGAGGCAUUGUUUAAGUUGGGGUUUUAUAAGGAGUUGAAGAGGAAGGUUGAGGAGGGGGUGGAAGAGGAGGUGGGGAGGAUGAGGGAGGGGAAGAAGGGGAAGGGGAAGAAGAAGCUUUUGGGGGAGGAGGGGGGUGAGGAGAGGGGGUAUGGGACUGUUGGGGAGGAGUGAUAGGGAUGAUGUUGGUAGUGAUUUUUUUUU